ACAUCAGGGUGGUUGUGAGCAUUGGGUGACUUUCUCCCUGCACGUUUUAUUUUAGGGUGAGGUGAGGGUUCUUUAUCCAAGGGGAAGUUUAUUUUCUGUAUAGUUGGUGCUUUUAUUUCUUUCUGUCUUAAUCCUUGUUUUCAUGAUGACGGCGUCUCUGGACUAUCUGGUGAUUUUUUUUGGGACAACAGCCGGUGCCAAUGGGAAUAAUAAACUGGGAUCGGAUGAAAGCGAACUAGUUCAGCUGGUGUGGCAAGUCGUAGAUUUAAUUCACAACAAGGUGGGAAGCUUGCAUGAAGUAAUAGUAAGGCCUGACAAACUGGAACUGUCUGAGGAUUGCACUAAUGACACAGGCUUACAGCUGGAAGACCUAUCCCAAGCCCAACCCCUGGAAGUGGCUUUACAGCAGUUUAACCUGUUUGUUAGUAAUGAAUUGAAUACUGAACUGGGUGCUUCAUUCUGCCUAUGUACUGAUGGACAGCUCCACCUCCGACAAGUUCUGCACCCGGAAGCCUCUAACAAGAAUAUUGCUUUGUCCGAAGGCUUCUACUCCUUUUUUGAUCUAAGGAAAGAAUUUAAGAAAUGCUGCCCAGACUCUCCUGAUCUGAAGGAACUCUCUAUUGCAGAAAUGGCAGAUUACCUUGAUCUAGAAUGUGACAAGGGGAAUUGCAGAUAUGGAAUUUCAGAAGUCGGUACGAUGGGGGAUAUUAUUCUGAAACUUAUCUCACCACCUCACAGUCACGUGUUUUCUGAACCAGAGAGGGUGAAUUACAAAUUUGAAACUGGUACCUGCAGCAAGAUGGAGAUUAUUGAUGACAACAGUGUUGUUCGAGCAAGGGGACUACCUUGGCAGUCUUCAGACCAGGAUAUUGCCAGAUUCUUCAAGGGGCUUAACAUUGCAAAGGGUGGUGCUGCACUCUGCCUCAACGCACAGGGGAGAAGAAAUGGGGAAGCACUUGUUCGCUUCAUCAAUGAAGAACACAGAGACUUGGCACUACAACGGCAUAAACAUCACAUGGGCAACCGCUAUAUUGAGGUGUAUAAAGCAACUGGUGAAGAUUUUCUCAAAAUCGCUGGAGGUACUUCCAAUGAAGUUGCACAAUUUCUGUCUAAAGAGAACCAGGUAAUUAUUAGGAUGCGAGGCCUUCCGUUCAAUGCCACAGCAGAUGAAGUGUUGACUUUCUUUGGGGAACAGUGCCCUGUUACAGAUGGUAAAGAAGGAAUCCUUUUUGUAAAGUACCCUGACAGUCGGCCAACUGGCGAUGCUUUUGUUCUGUUUGCAUGUGAGGAGUAUGCACAGGACGCACUAAAGAAACACAAGAACAUGUUGGGGAAAAGGUACAUCGAACUGUUCCGGAGCACGGCAGCUGAAGUUCAGCAGGUACUGAACAGAUACUCGUCUGCUCCCCUCAUACCUGUGGCUCCACCUCCUAUUAUCCCUGUACUACCUCAGCCGUAUGUGCCCCCAAAUGUCCGAGAUUGUAUCCGCCUGCGAGGCCUUCCCUAUGCUGCUACUAUCGAAGACAUACUAGAGUUCCUUGGGGAAUUUUCUGCAGACAUCAGACCUCAUGGAGUCCACAUGGUAUUAAAUCACCAGGGGCGGCCUUCAGGUGAUGCCUUUAUCCAGAUGAAAACUGCAGAACGAGCUUUUCUAGCUGCACAGAAGUGUCAUAAAAAAACGAUGAAGGAUCGAUAUGUUGAAGUCUUCCAGUGUUCUGCGGAGGAGAUGAACUUUGUACUAAUGGGUGGGACUUUAAACCGAAAUGGCUUGUCCCCACCGCCAUGUAAGUUACCAUGUCUAUCUCCUCCCACUUAUACCUUUCCAGCUCCUGCGACAGUUAUUCCGGCAGAAGCUGCUUUAUAUCAGUCUCCAGUCCUUCUGAAUCCUAGAGCCCUCCAGCCACCGGUAGCUUACUAUCCAGCCAGUACUCAACUGUUCAUGAACUACACAGCCUACUGUCCCAGUCCCCCAGGUUCUCCAAACAAUCUCGGUUAUUUCCACACACCAGGUACCCCUGCAGUGAUCAACCCACAGCCAAGCACGAUGGUCAGAAUGCAGGGCUUAGCAUACAACACUGGGGUCAAGGAAGUCCUUAAUUUCUUCCAAGGCUAUCAGGUUUUGCCCGAGUCAGUAAUCAUGAAUAAUGCGAGUGGGCAGCCUACCAGUGAUGCCUUUAUCCUGUUCCCUACACUACAGUCUGCCAAACAAGUUGUGCAGGAGAAGAACCACCAUCCGUUGGGAAGUUCCUUUGUUGAUCUUUGCUUGUUGUAACUUGAGCACCCAGUGCAUUUCUUCCAGGAAAACAGAGGUCACACCGCCUGCUGAAUUCAUGUUACGAGUUAACAGGAAUAGUAUGGACAUAGACUUUUAGAAAUGUUUUAUAUAAAGUAGGCUUGGCAAGCCAAGCACAUUUAUGUUAUAUUGAAAUGAGUCUUUUCAUUGUUGUACAGUCAAAUAGCAGAUAUCGAAGAGCAUUUAUAGCUAUACAAGUCCGUUUUAAAAAUUGCUUCCAAUUUAGAGAGUUACUUGUAGGUAUUAUUUCUUACGUUUGACCUUUUCCUUAUUUUUUCUGAAAACCAUUCAUGUUUCUGAAUGCUUGGUCAACAAAGAAGACUUUUACCUUUGUACUGAUCAUGUGACAAAACAACUGCACUAUCUCGAUAUGUAAGUGGGCCACUUAUAAAAGUGCACUUUUUCUGCAGGUCACGUGGAUUAAACAAGUGCACUUGCCUAGAAAUGGAUGAAUUUUGUAAAUUGCAAACUGUAGCAACCUAUUUUACUGAUAAUCGAAGAGUGUAAAGUGUGAAAGUUACAGUCCUACAUGUAUAAAUGUUUUGGAAUGUAUAUAUUCUCUCUGUGAAAUGCCCUUCUGUCAUUCGAUGGUAUGAAUGUUUCUUUGUAUCCUUAUAAUUUUCUUCUUUGCAACAGUCCUAUAUGCAUAUUGCUGCAAUUUUAACAGAGCCAACUGUAGCAAAAGGUAAAUGUUCCAUAAUAACCCAAUUGUAUGGAUGAAAGGCUAAUCUUAAAACAGUCAUUUUUCCCUUUGUGUAUGUGUGUGCGUGCGAGUGUGCGUAUGUGUAUAUAUGUCUUACUUGCUUUAUUGCUUCUAAAUUAUGCCUUUUUGGCAGCAAUAGCUUUUGUAGUAUUAUGCAAAUUAUUUUUUUUUACUUUGAUAAGACUUCUAUACCUUUGCGUAAAGACGAUUGUGAUAAUUUUUUUCAUAUUGACAUGUUUACACACUUUGAAUGCUAUGCUUCUUUACACCUAGCUUUUUCCAGCCCAUCCUUUUUAAAAAGUAAGAAUCUUUGCCUAUAGGUGGUCUUGGAAGGCGCUUCAGUGUUAAUUGUUAGUGUCUGAAUCUGAGAAUGAUUUUCAGACUAAUUAAUACCACUGUGACUUAGUUUUGCGUACGCAAAUAUGACUAUGAAAUAUGUCUAUUUUAACACCUGGUCUUGCUUUCCAGUGGACUCCUGGGCAUGUGCCAAUAAGAAAAGCAUUAAGACUCAUAAAAAGGGGUUCUAAGCCAUGUGUAUUAUACUUGUUUUUUUAAUUUACAUUUUCUUAUGUAAACUACAGGUUACAUACAGGUAAAAUAAAAUUUAGGCCAAAACCGAUCAUAUCAUAAAGCAUGUUGGAAGCUGUUCCCUUCAGGUAUGCAUGCUGCAUUUUAAUGUAAAUCUGCCUUGUGCAAAUGGUCUUCUAUUCCCAUUUGGAAUCUAUCAUUCAGUGUAUGGCAACAGAAUCCAAAACUGAAGUUAAUUUGCAAAAUAUGAAAUGCUGAGCAUCAAAACCUCAGAAUCAUGGGCUGGAAAAUCAUACCUACGUGACAUACGAUUAAUUGCUGUAUGUUUUAAAAUAGCCAUAACAAAUACACUUAGUUUUUUUAUACUUUAGUGUUUAAGUUGUGCUAGCAUGUAAAGAAGCAGUCAUUGCAGUAGAUUGCAACAAAUGCAACAGACAAUAUUGUUACUGAUGAUCUUGUCUACAUUAUAUAGCACUAAGGUAUCUAGAAGUACUACGUAAUAUUAAUGUUGUUCAUAAGGAGUGCAAUACAUGUGAAAUGAUUAUAAUGUACUAGAUGAGUUAUAUAAAAUUAUGUUAUUCACUGCAAAGCAAAAGUAGCAGUUAAGUGAUUUUUUUGAUAUUAUCAGUACAGAAAUUUUUAUUUAGAACUAUAUUAAUGUCUGUCCGUAAUGUUUAUAACUCUGUUUUGUGUUUUUUGCAAUUCUUGGAGACUGCCCAGUAAUAAAUUUCAAAGCUUGAAAACCAAUCCAGACCGUUUGUUUGAAACUGGUCUGGGCUGGUUUCACAAUUCUAUUUAAAUUUAUCAAGAAAUAUAUUACAAUAAUUAAUUAACUAAUGCAUUAUUUGCGUUGAGGCAGAGAAAUACUAUUAAAAACUCAGCUCCGAGUUAUGCCUCCAAAAAAUAUUUCUGUUACUGUUGCCACAUCUGGCAUUGUUCAUAUUGGGUAAUCCUGAAAAUAUUAUCUAGACAAAAAAGUUGUUUCCCAGUAUAUCCAUUAGUCCCAAUGUUUGUUCUACCACAUUGUAUUUGUUAAUAAAAGAAUUAUUUAAAAGUCA